AUGAAACUACACUCCUCUGCCUAUAUUGGCCCAUUUUUGGCCACUCUGCUGUAUUCCCGUGCAGCUUCCGCCGCUUACGAUACCACCAACAGCCCCCUGCUAUUGUUGAGCAAUGACUCCACAAUGAACUUCGACUUGUUGACUCCCCUUGGUGAGUCCAUCACCGGGGGCGGGGAUGUUGGGCCUAUUCUUGGUGCAGCAAAGAGCAUCGAAGCCGGAAACAUGACUUCCUUUAGCGAGGUCUUCUAUAAGCUCGCAAAUGACACCAAAGCCCAGGCCGAAGACCCAGAGAAUGCUUACGACCCUCUCAAUGUCAGAGACACCUGGUUCUCUGCUGCGUCGUAUUUCCGCAAGGCCGACGUCUACCUCCACCGAAACUGGAGUAAUCCGCUUAUCAACAGCCUAUGGGCCGAGCACAUCGAAGCCUUUGACAAAGGAAUAGCUUCUCUGCCUAUUCCUGGUAAACGAGUUCGCAUCCCAGCUACCGAGGGCAACUUUACCAUUGAAGCUAUCUGGUACUCUGCUUCCAAGAAUGCAGAUGAUAAGCUACCGACUUUGAUAAUUGGCAACGGUUUCGAUGCUGCACAGGAAGACUCUUACCAUAACUUCGUGGCACCAGCUCUAGCCCGAGGAUGGAACUGCAUUACCUACGAAGGCCCGGGACAGCCUACUGUGCGUCGUAACCAAAAUAUUGGUUUCAUUCCGGAUUGGGAGAGAGUCGUCACUCCUGUAGUGGAUUAUGUUCUCUCAGAAAAGAAGAGCUCCGUGGACAAAAGUCGACUUGUUCUCAUCGGUAACUCUUUCGGUGGCUAUCUGGCUGCCCGUGCCGCGGCUUUUGAGCCUCGCCUGUCUGCAGCGGUCUUCAUCGACGGCGUCUGGGACAAUUAUGUGGCAUACACAAGGGAGCUAUCACCUGAAAUGCUCGAAGUAUACGAGGCGGGAAAUUACACUCAAUUCGACGACAUCAUCCUCUCGGCUAGGGAGGCUGGGAAGCUGCCUACGGGUGCCGCCUGGGGCAUCGAUCAGGGUCUCUGGGCGUUCUACACGCACUCACCCUCUGAUUUCUUCACCCAAGUCAAGCAAUACAACGUGGAAUCUUUCAUAAAUAACAUCAGCAUUCCUGUUUUUGUCGGUGACGCCGAGUUGGAGAGCAGUUACAUUGGGCAGCCGAAGCAAGUGGCGGAUGCGCUGGGCCACUUGGCUACUUUGCAUACUUUCAAGGGUGUUGCUGGCUUCCACUGCCAAACUGGUGCUGGCCAAGAGCUUUCGAGAACUAUCCAUGCCUGGUUGAAUAAGACUUUGGGCUAG